AUGUUAAACCGGUUAAAUAUACGUAGAAUCUGCGUGGUGCGGUUCAAAAAGGACUACGCCACAUGGUCAAAAUCGAAAGCAAUGAAAGAGAAAAAGAAGACAGAAUCAUCUUCUGGUGUAUCUGAACUGCAACCCUGGCCGGAGUUCAUUCAGAAGCGGAUAGAGUUAUGGGAUAAGUACAAAGCACAGUACGCAGAAGCCCUAGCUUCCAAACCUGAUGUGAGUGUCGUUGUAACACUCCCCGAUGGAAAAACCGUUGAAGCAAAAGCAUGGCAAACAACCCCAUACGAUGUAGCCAAAGGCAUCAGCCAGGGUCUAGCUGAUUCUACGAUCAUAGCCAGAGUUAACGGUGUGCUAUGGGACCUCGAUCGGCCGUUGGAAGGAGACUGCAAGCUUGAGUUACUGAGAUGGGACAACACAGACGCACAGGCAGUGUUCUGGCAUUCAUCGGCACACAUGCUCGGAGAAGCUAUGGAGAGGGUAUAUGGUGGUUGUCUGUGCUAUGGUCCACCCAUCGAGGAAGGUUUCUACUAUGACAUGUACUAUCCAGAGAAAGGGAUAUCGUCAACGGACUUCGGCGUCAUAGAUGCUCUUGUCAAGAAGAUAGCAAAAGAGAAGCAGCCGUUCGAACGUCUAGAGCUGACAAAGGAACAGCUGCUGGAAAUGUUCGAGUACAACCCGUUCAAAGUGAGGAUCCUUAAGGAGAAGGUGGACACGCCCACCACCACCGUGUACAGAUGCGGGCCUCUCAUAGACCUUUGUCGAGGCCCGCACGUGAGACAUACUGGGAAGGUCAAGGCCUUUAAAGUUACCAAGAAUUCGUCCACAUACUGGGAGGGCAAGUCUGAUGCUGAAACCCUCCAGCGGGUGUACGGUGUGUCGUUCCCUGAACCAAAGCAGCUCAAGGAAUGGGAACACAUGCAGGAAGAAGCUGCCAAGAGGGAUCAUAGGAAGAUUGGCAGGGAACAAGAGUUAUAUUUCUUCCACGAGCUGUCUCCCGGGUCAUGUUUCUUCCAGCCGAGGGGAGCUCACAUAUAUAACACAUUGGUCAACUUCAUCAGGGAACAAUACAGGAAACGUGGUUUCCAAGAAGUGGUCACUCCUAAUAUGUACAACGCCAAGUUGUGGCAAACCUCGGGCCACUGGGCGCAUUACGCUGAGAAUAUGUUCUCCUUUGACGUGGAAAAAGAAACCUUCGCUCUCAAACCUAUGAACUGUCCCGGACACUGCCUUAUGUUCGACAACCGUGUUCGUUCCUGGCGCGAACUUCCUCUCCGCCUGGCUGACUUCGGCGUGUUACACAGAAACGAGCUGAGCGGCGCGCUCACCGGACUUACGCGGGUCAGGCGCUUCCAACAAGACGACGCGCAUAUAUUCUGUACACCGCAGAACAUAGAGCAGGAGAUGAUCGGUUGCCUAGAAUUCCUGGAGCAGGUAUACUCUACGUUUGGCUUCACGUUUCAACUGAAGCUGUCCACGCGCCCUGAGAAAUACCUCGGAGAUUUGGCGACGUGGAAUCAAGCUGAGAAGGCCCUAGAAGACUCUCUGAACAGAUUCGGCAAGUCCUGGCAGCUGAACCCGGGUGACGGCGCGUUCUACGGACCCAAGAUAGAUAUCACUAUACAGGAUGCUCUAAGACGAUCACAUCAAUGUGCGACCAUACAACUAGACUUCCAACUACCGGAGAGAUUCAACCUGAGUUAUAUAAGUGAGACGGGGGAGAAGAAGCGUCCGGUAAUUAUUCACCGCGCGGUGCUCGGCUCAGUGGAGCGUAUGAUGGCUAUCCUGAGUGAGUCUUACGCCGGCAAGUGGCCGUUCUGGCUCAGCCCGAGACAAACGUGCGUGGUGCCCGUCGGUCCCAGCUACGACGAAUACGCUACAUAUGUGAAUGAGAAGUUGUUUGCGGCUGGCUUCAUGUCUGAAGUUGAUACGGAUGCCGGAGACACACUCAACAAGAAAGUUAGGAACGCACAGCUAGCACAGUUCAACUAUAUACUGGUUGUGGGUGAACGUGAGAAAUCCUCAAACACAGUGAAUGUCCGUACAAGGGACAACAAAGUCCACGGAGAGAUGUCCAUCGAGGGUCUGAUAGAACACCUCAACAAGUUGGUCGCUGAGAAGACACUCUCUGAAGACAGCGAACUACUUAAAUAG